UGCACAUCUACCCUAGUCGCAAACGUAUCAGAAGAGUGUAUGGGCAACACACAUAGUAAUUUUCUGUUUCCAUCCUGUUUUUCUGGACAGGUAAUGUAUGUGUAUGAUGUGAAUUCAUACGCUAAGACGUUAGAUUCCGGUUGUCCACAAAUACAGACAUCAAACGUGAAUGUUUCUGAAGGAUGCUGUGCGUAUUACAAUGCAUCAGAGGAUUGUGGAAUGCGCUACUAUGGACCAAAUGGAGAUCUUACAACUUACUCUGACUGUAGCGGAAGUGUUUCCUGUCAGAAACCUGUCGGAUGGAAUGAUACUGUAAAAGAGUGUAAUCAAUCAGUGUUUUUACCACAAACAAAUUAUAUGCAGUUAAACUUUCACUGCAUUGAAGAGAUAGAAAUUUGUAGCAUAUGUUCUUGUACUGUGUCGGGGACUUCAUUAUACAUAUGGAAUGGAGAGUAUCCAAACGCUGUGAAUGACUGUUCUCUGGCAUCUGGAUGUUCCUGUUCGAUAACAUCAAGCGGAAGUUCUCGAAUACAAUUAAUUGCUUUUGAUAUUCGAUUUAAAAUGAAUUUAAUCACUGGUGAUUGUGCUCAAAGACUACACAUACAAGAUGGGGAAUCUGAAUUCGACAUUGCGUGUGAUGAUCAUAAUGCUUUUAAGAAACGAACAGUUUAUAUAAGUACAUCUAAUCACAUAAAGCUGAGGCUUGAUAACAGUUUGGAAGGGUCAAAUGGCUAUUUCUGGCUUCAAGUAAAAGCAUUUGACAGUAUUGAUACGCUAAGCUUACAUUGUGGAAAGGAGAAUGCCACAUACAGCUGCAAUGAUAACUUUACAAUUAUAUCUGAGAACGUCACAGAAUUUGUCCUAUCAGAGCAAGAGAGAAUUACUCCCGAGAGUGGUAACGGUGUUGGUAUUGGUACUAUAAUAGGAGUCGUAGUCGCAAUAAUUGUUAUUGUGGUGUUGACUUUGCUAGCUUAUAGAUUAUGGAAGAGAUAUAAAGAUAAAAACACAAAGGUGGACCCAAAACCUGACCCAGAGCAAGAUACGGACGAUGAUGAUGUCUUUAAUAACAACGACCAAACUCCAAUAACAAGUCGUGCACCUGAAGCUGUCCUAAUCCGAAUGAAAACAAAUGUAUAAGUCAAAACACUUGGAAUGUAAAAUUCAAUUCGUUGUACAAAUUAUCUUAACAUGGUUAAUACUGCAACAAUCUCUUACUGAUAGUCCAAAUUCAGAAUCAUGUU